AUGGGUAGAGCGUGGUCGUCAAAGGAAGAUAAAAUCCUUGUUGGAUUUGGCAACGGGAAAAAUGGAAGAAGAAUGAGAGCAACCUAUUUAAAUCAUAAAACUGCAAAACAAUGUGCUGAUAGAUGGAAAGACAUUCGGGGAUAUAUCGACAGACCAUUUACUCCGUUCGAGUGUAAUAUAAUUCGACGUUUGUACCAGACAUAUGGCCCGCGAUGGAGAAGAAUGUCCGCAGUCCUCCACCGCUCUCCUGAAAUGAUAAUGGAGUGCUGGCUUUCUUUAAAAGCUAUGGAUGACAAGACUGAGAGAAUACACAAACAAAUGUCUAUCCAGCGACUUCUUUCUUGA